GUGAGCGCGCCCGUUCACAGAAUAUUCUGGGUAUUUUGCUGUAGCUUCUCGGGACGGCUAGCAUGAGGAGUGGAGGCUCCAUUCAUUGCCUGCUCAGCCUGUUAUUUUUUUGAAACAAAGCUUAAUAAAAACAGAACAAUGAUACUAACACCUCUCGUUUACUGGGCUCAACGCCAUGAAGAAAUUUACCUCCGAGUGGAGCUGACAGACGCUCAGAAUAUUGAAGUCCAUAUACAUGAAAAAGUGCUCCAGUUUAGAGCCCAGGGCCAUGGUGCAAAGGGACAAAAUGAAUAUGAGUUCAGCUUGGAGUUUCUUCUGCCAGUAAAGACGGAGGUGAGCCAUAAGUCCACACAGCGACAGGUAAACAUUACAGUGCAGAAAGAGCAGCGAGGCUGGUGGGAAAGACUGACGGUACAGGAGCGCAAACCGGUCUUUCUGGCACCUGACUUUGACCGCUGGCUGGAUGAGUCGGAUGCUGAGAUGGAGAUCCGGGAGAAGGAGGAGAAAAGGAACAGGCUGAAGGCUUCAAGGCAUAAAGAGGAAGGGUUUCUCAGCCCGAAAACUGGAUUUUUGUUUGUGUAUAACCUGGUACAGUUUCUUGGUUUUUCGUGGAUCUUUGUCAACAUGACUGUACGGCUCUUCAUUUUUGGCCAAGAUUCUCUCUACGACACAUUUCACACCAUAUCCGACGUGAUGUUCUUCUGCCAGAUCCUGGCAGCAGUAGAGGUCCUCAAUGCUGCUUUUGGUGUAGUCCGCACAGGUGUUACUCCAACUCUUAUUCAGGUGGUCGGAAGAAAUUUUGUCCUCUUCAUCAUUUUUGGUAGUUUAGAGGAAAUGCACAGCAAGCCAGUUGUGUUCUUCGUUUUCUAUCUGUGGAGUGCCAUUGAGAUUUUUAGGUAUCCAUUUUACAUGCUGGGCUGUUUCAAUACAGAGUGGAAAACUCUAACAUGGCUGCGGUACACAAUCUGGAUACCACUGUACCCAUUAGGUGUUGUAGCUGAAGCUGUUGCUGUGAUACAGUCCAUUCCCAUCUUUGAUGAGACCAAACUCUUCAGCAUUCCUCUGCCAAAAGCCAUCGGCACCUCUAUCAACUUCUCUUACUUCCUGCACGUUUAUCUAGUUCUCAUGUUUCUGGGACUUUUUAUCAACUUCCGUCAUCUUUACAAGCAGAGGAAGAGGCGUUUCCGUACCAAGAAAAGGAAAGCAAAUUAAGCUUCAGCGUCAACCACACUUCUCAAACACCCUUGCUGCCUACUUAUUUCUUUUUUUGACAUGAUUCUUGCGAACAAUCUCCAGUCAAACCACUUAUAGUUUUUGUUAUGAAGAAGUUAAUUUUCCACAACCUGAUUGGUCUAAAAUAUUUUCAUUUAUGGUCAACAUGAACAUCCUACUCAUUUGGUGACUUAGUUCUCUUAGACAUCAGUCUGUAUUUUGUAGAAUAGUUAAGAGCUGUAAUAAGCCAUAUAACUUGAUAUCCUGUGUGAUACUGCUUUGUUUUUCUCUUUGAUCUUGAUUCUUCAUUUGUAUAUGAAUGUUCCCAACAAAUGCUGUAUUUGUUAUCAUUCCAGAUUUCUGAACUGCCCCACAAACCUCAGGGAAGGUCGUAUUGUUGAUUAAGAGCAUUUUGUCCCCCUUAUGCUCAAUAAUAACCAGCUAUGACUUUUUUUUUUUUUAUUUAUGUCCCUUCCUUGUUCUGAUACUUAACUGAAUUUUAAACGCCAACAUAACCAUCAUUUUGCAGGUUUUCUGUAAAUGUGAGUUACCUGACAAUGAAUAAAGACAAAAUUAAAAUCUAA